AUGUCGGCCUCUGCUGCACCUGCGCAGCCUAAUUCGACUUUCCGUGCAUUCAAGAAUGCAGAUAAGCCAGACGAGGUGCGUCGUUCCAAUCUUUCCGCUGCAAAGGCGGUGAGUGAUGCGAUCCGCACCUCACUGGGUCCCAAAGGUAUGGACAAAAUGAUUCAGACAUCUUCCGGCGAAGUCGUCAUCACGAACGACGGCGCUACAAUCCUGAAGCAUAUGGCUGUGGUCCAUCCGGCGGCACGUAUGCUUGUUGACCUGUCCCAGGCACAAGAUGUCGAGGCUGGUGACGGUACAACCUCGGUCGUUGUGAUUGCAGGUAGUCUCCUGGGCGCAGCAGAAAGGCUACUGGCCAAGGGUAUUCACCCAACAGUGAUUGCAGAGUCUUUCCAGCGUGCCUCCGUCAAGGCCGUGGAGUUUCUGAAUGAGAUCUCGACGCCGGUAGACUUGACGGAUCGCGAUAGCUUGUUGCGCGCAGCGACCACCUCGCUGAGCUCCAAGGUCGUGUCGCAGUACUCGUCGGUGCUGGCGCCGAUUGCCGUGGACAGUGUGCUCCGCCUGGUGGACCCUGCGAAAGAGGACAACACUUCGGUGGAUCUUCGUGACAUCCGCAUUGUGAAGAAGGUGGGUGGAACGAUUGACGACACAGAGCUGGUCGAUGGUUUGGUCCUCGAACAGAACGCUGUGACGUCAAGCGGUGGCCCUUCUCGUGUAGAGAAGGCAAAGAUUGCAGUGUGUCAGUUCCAGCUGAGCAGCCCCAAGCCGGACAUGGACAACCAGAUUGUCGUGAAUGACUACCGCCAGAUGGACAAGAUCUUGAAAGAAGAGCGUCAAUACCUACUGAAUAUGUGCAAGAAGAUCAAGAAGACAGGAUGCAACGUCCUCUUGAUGCAGAAGAGUAUCCUGCGUGACGCCGUGAAUGAUCUAGCUCUGCACUUUUUGGCGAAACUCAAGAUCAUGGUCGUCAAGGACAUUGAGCGCGACGAAAUUGAGUUUAUCUGCAAGGCCUUGGGUACCAGCCCGAUUGCCGACAUUGAGGCGUUUACAGAGGACAAGCUAGCAAGUGCAGAACUGAUUGAUGAGGUACAGCACAGCGGUGCGCGUGUGGUCAAGGUGUCCAAGAUCAAAAACCCUGGCCGCACGGUAAGUGUAUUGUGCACCGGCUCAAACUCGCUGGUCCUGGAAGAAAGUGAGCGUAGUUUGCAUGAUGCACUCUGUGUCGUGCGCUGCUUGGUCAAGAAGCGUGCGUUGAUUGCUGGUGGUGGUGCGCCAGAAGUUCAUAUGUCCCGUAUGCUGGCACAAAGUGCGCAAACGCUCCCGAGCUUGGAGGCCUACAGUUUCGAGGCGUAUGCAGAGGCGCUGGAAGUCAUCCCAACGACGCUGGCUGAGAAUGCCGGUCUCAACCCUAUUUCCAUCGUUACAGAGCUGCGCAACCGUCAUGCGCUAGGCGAGAAAACGGCGGGUAUUAAUGUUCGCAAGGGCACGAUCACCAAUAUUUUGGAGGAAAAUGUGCUUCAGCCCCUGCUUGUAUCUACUAGCGCGCUGGAACUCGCCACAGAAACAGUCUCUUUGCUCCUGCGCAUCGACGACUACCACUUGUCCCGCUAA